CCAUCACCUACCAGCAACUCAGUCAGAGUCCCGUCCUCCUUCGAUCGUCGUCAGUCGUCGUCAUCAUCGCUGCGAAAUCACACGGGCGAACGGACGGCGAUCUCAGCAAGCGAGCAACGACCUGCCAGGCGGAGCGGCGUCGGCGAGCAUGGACGACGCGAACGCCGUCGAAGCUGCCGGAGUUCCGACCUCGGCUCUCAACCGCAUCGAUCUCUCGAGUUCCGAUAUCCAACAGUCGGCGUCCCUGCUCAAACAGGCAUGCUUGGAUUCUGGCUUUUUCUACGUGAUCAAUCACGGAAUUAGCCAGGAUUUGAUGGAGGAGGUCUUCGCCCAGAGCAGGCGGUUCUUCGGCUUGCCUUUGAGUGAGAAGAUGAAGCUGUUGAGGAACGAGCAGUACCGUGGCUAUACUCCUCUGUUCGAUGAGGUCCUCGAUGCUGCGAAUCAGAUUCAGGGAGAUUAUAAGGAGGGAUACUAUAUAGGAACGGAAGUCCCAGAGGAUGAUCCUGAUGCGCAGAAGCCUCAUCUUGGACCAAAUCUCUGGCCUUCUGAAGAGUUAUUGCCAAGAUGGAGGCAGACGAUGGAGAUAUUUCAUAGUCAGGCAUUAAAUGUGGUGAAAGUAGUUGCAAGGAUCAUUGCUCUAGCACUUGAUCUGGAGGCUGAUUUUUUUGACAAGCCAGAAAUACUCAGCAAGCCUAUUCCGAUCUUGCGCUUGUUGCACUAUGAAGGUCUAAUCUCUGAUCCCUCUAAAGGGAUAUAUGGAGCUGGGGCACAUUCGGACUUUGGGUUUAUUACCUUGUUGGCAACAGAUGACGUGCCGGGUCUCCAAAUUUGCAAGAACAAGGAUGCUAAACCUCAGGCAUGGGAAUAUGUGCAACCUUUGAAAGGAGCGUUCAUAGUGAAUCUUGGUGAUAUGCUAGAACGAUGGAGCAAUUGUAUUUUCAGGUCCACGCUCCAUCGAGUUAUAGGGAAUGGUCAAGAACGGUAUUCUAUUGCUUUAUUCCUGGAGCCUAACCACGAGUGUCUCGUCGAGUGCUUGCCUACAUGUAUGUCAGAGGAAAAUCCUCCCAAGUUUCCUCCCAUCUUAUGUCAGACCUACUUGGCCCAAAGAUACGGCGAUACUCAUGCUGAUUUAGAUGUAUACAUAAAGGAAGGAGUCUAGAGUUUGCCUGUGAGGAGCUGGAGCCUGUCAACCAGCACUCGCCCGAAGUAGGGGGUACACUUCGAGAGCUCGUAAAGAAGUGCAUGAUGAGCUUAGAGAAGAGCAUCGAAUGGGGUACACGCGUGUACAUACAUAUGCACCCACAACUAAUAAUCUGCUUAUGUUUAUGCAUAGAAGUAAUAGUUCAGCGGCUUCAGCCUUACUUUGGUCUUCUUGCCUCCAUGAUUUGGCUCCUAAAUUAGCAGUUUGUACAUGUAACUCUUUAAGAAAGGAAAUGAAAUGGAGACGCCAUGCAUAUUUCUUGGCACCGACUUUCCUGUGAUUCCACGGACGGACAGUUGCUUUUUUACGAUAGUUUCAGCGGAUUGGACUGUACAUGCAACUUUUGGCAUAUUUAGCAAGAUUUUUUGGAUGAGGUAGGCGUGUCGCUAAGCCUACGAAGGAUAGAAAGUAUGACGGGCUAAGACGAGGAGAGAGCAAGCAUGUCUGUGUGGGUGGGACUAGGAGUAGCAUUAGCAAGGGCACAAACUGAGAUCGUAUGUCGCUUUAGCUGCUACGCUGGCUGCUACUUUCUAAGAAAUCUUUCUGAUCUUUCUCAAGGGCGGAGUAGGUCAGUCCCUUCUCGAAGUCCUCCUGUGACGCUUGACUAGCUGACGCUUCCGCUACGUAAAAAAAGAGAAACAAGCGCUGGAAACAGAACUUCCGACAAGAACCUGGCUAUCUCUUUAGCUCUUUGUUCUCAAUGUAGGUGGAAAAUCUCCCAAGAUAGUGAGAUAGACAGUUAAAUUAGCAGUUACCAAGUUAAUUAUACUCUUCUAGCUUUCUUGUAUUCUAAACAGUUAAUUGAUUAUGCAAGAGAUUAAAAUGGAAA